UGUCUAGACUUUUGAAGGCUUCGGUAGCAAUUUAGCUAAAAAACUGUUCCUGAAAAUUUUUGGAAACAAAAAAAAACCAAGGAAUAAAAAAAAGUGUUGAAUUUAUUUAAAAAAGUGCAACAAAAAAAACUUAAUUGAAUUUCAAGUGUUAUUUUUAUAAAAAUCAUUUUCAACAUGAUGCGUUCUUCUACUGCUCGUUUGGCCUCGCAACUAUUCCGUUCUCCCUCACCAGCCUCCAGCAGCUGCUUGGCGCGUUCAUUUAACACCAAUAAUCGACGACAGAAUACGGCUGCCACGGUUGAAACAAAUUUAAAUAAUCAUAGCGAUAAAUGUUUGUACUAUUCCAAUGAAGAAGGUUAUAUUAAGACAUCGCCCUUUGAGAACACACUUAUACCCAAUGUUUCGUUGGAUAAAUAUGUUUGGCGUGAUUUCAAAUUGUGGGAAAAUAAUGUGGCAACGGUCGAUGUCAUUACUGGCCGCCAAUAUACUUAUGCCGAAUUACGCGACUCUAGCGCCGCCUUGGCUGUGCGCUUCCAAACCAAAUUUAAGCUGGUUAAGGGUGAUGUAGUGGCCGUUUGUUUGCCCAAUUUACCCGAAUUUCCCGGUGCUGUGUUGGGUGCCAUAGAGGCUGGUUUGACAGUGACCACUGUCAAUCCUAUUUAUACAGCAGAGGAAAUUGCCCGCCAAUUAAACUUCAGCAAUGCCAAAUUUAUAGUUGGCACCACCUUGGGUUAUUCCGUCCUUGUCGAAGCCUGUAAAUUGGCCAAAAAAGAUCUACCCAUUGCCUGUGUACGCAUGUACCCCGGUGACGAGCUGCCUGCCGGAGCCAUUGAUUUCUAUGAACUCUUCAAAUACAAUGGCGAUGUGGACUUUUCUCAACUGAAAAACUACGACAUUAAUCCCAAUGAUAUGGUUCUGCUACCCUUCUCCUCAGGCACCACUGGCCUGCCCAAGGGUGUGAUGCUGUCGCACAAUAACAUCUCCUCAAAUUGUGAAAUGGUUCAGACUAUCAUAGAAAUAGAUUGUUCACAAAAACAAGAGAUAUUGCCCUGUGUCUUGCCUUUCUUCCACAUUUAUGGUUUGACAGUGAUAAUGUUGUCGAAAUUGGGCCAGGGCGCCAAAUUGGUUACCUUGCCUCAGUUUAAGCCAGAAGAUCUCAUGAAGGCCUUGUAUGAGUACAAGAGUACCAUGUUGAAUGUAGUGCCUCCAAUGGCAUUAUUUAUGAUUAAUCAUCCCAAGGUUACACAGGAAACAUGCCCCGAUUUAAAUCUGGUUAUGAGCGGAGCUGCUCCCAUUGGUAUCACAGAUGUGGAACGUUUCAUUAAGAAAUUCCCCAAAACCAAAUUCCUGCAAGGCUAUGGUAUGACAGAAGCCUCCCCCGUUGUCCUGCUAACCUCCCCCGACAAUACCCGCUAUGCUUCAACCGGUUUCCUCACCAGCAAUACCGAAGGUAAAAUUGUGCCACUCGAUGGCCAAGAUCUCAAGGGUUUGGGACCCAAUCAAACCGGUGAACUGUGUGUACGGGGACCUCAAGUCAUGGAGGGCUACUUGAACAAUGAAGAAGCCACUAAGGAAACCUUUUUCCCCGGCCGUUGGUUACGUACCGGUGAUGUGGCCUACUACGAUGAUGAGGGCUAUUUCUAUAUAACCGAUCGCAUGAAGGAAUUAAUUAAGGUCAAGGGUUUCCAAGUGCCACCCGCCGAAUUAGAGGCAAUUUUAAGGGAUCAUCCUAAAAUCUUGGAAGCUGCAGUGUUUGGCAUACCCCAUCCAGUAAAUGGUGAGGCUCCUAGGGCUUUGGUGGUUUUAAGAGAAAAUAUGGAGGCUACUAAAGAGGAAAUUUACCAAUAUGUGGCUGACAAAGUGGCUGUUUAUAAGAAGUUAGAGGGUGGCAUAAUUUUUGUCUCAGAAGUGCCUAAAAAUCCCACCGGCAAGAUAUUAAGAAAAGUAUUGAAAGAAAAAUAUUCCAGUUAAGAAUGAAAGACGAAAUUUUUAUGAUAAUUUUUAGUGUUUUUUUUUAAGUAAGUUUUUUUUAGUUUAAGUGUUUUAUUGUAAUUAAAUAAAGGGGGGGUUUAGUAUUUUUGUUAUGUAUAUAGAAAAUACUUUAUUGAGAAGAAAAAUUAUUGUUUUAUAUAGAGGGACCAUGAAAGUUUUAUUGAAAAAUAAUGCAUUUAUUAGCAAUGGUUUGAAUUUUGUUAAGACAUAUUUGUCUUUAAACUAUUGGAAGUUACUAUUAUUAUUAUUAUUAUUUUUGUGAGUGUAUAUUUUAUAAAAAUUUCUUAAUUUGUAUGUAGUUUUGUCUAAACUAAGAAAUUUAUUAUGUUACUAUAAAAUAAGCAGUCAGUUCUAAGACUUUUAUAAAGAAAAUAUGGAUUUAAAAUGAAAUCUGUUUAAGUUUUAUUAAAAUAUUGAGUAAAAUUCAUGUAAUAAAAAAAAUAUGAAAGUUUUUUUUUAAUAAAA